AUGUUUAUCAUGAUCAACUUUUUUGUUCUUGUAUUGAAUACAAAAAAGGCUGAAUUAUCAAAACUUAAACAUCAAAUUGAAUCAUAUCAAAAUGAAUAUCCUAGAACAGAAAAUGAGAAUGAAUCAUAUGCUAAUUCACAAUCUCAAAGUACGUCACCUAUACAUACAACAACAAUGGAUAAUAUCGAACGUUUAACAAAUAAACGUACUAGACUUCAAAUGAGUCAUACAGAUACAAGCGAAGAUGAUGAAAUACAAGAUAUUAACAUUCCAAUUCGCUCAUCAAAACUAAAGAUUGUUGAUAAUAAUCAAGAUAGUUCACUUGAUUUAGGUGAUGAUCGAAUGGAUUAUAAAACAGCGACAAUUAGCAAACAUCAUCCACGACGAAAUUAUGUUACUGGUGUCAAUUCAAUUUCUAUUCGUCCGUUUGUUAAUCAUGCAAGUGUUUCUUCAACAGUUGCAACACCUUCAUUACCCGAUGAUUCUCAAACAACCGAUGACUUAUUGAAUAAAAUAUAA